AUGGAGGUGUUCAUGAAGGGCUUGUCCAAGGCCAAGGAGGGGGUGGUCGCCGCCGCCGAGAAGACCAAGCAGGGGGUGGCCGAGGCCGCCGAGAAGACCAAGGAGGGGGUCCUCUAUGUCGGGAGUAAAACCCAAGGCGUGGUGCAAGGUGUCACCUCAGUGGCUGAGAAAGCGAAGGAGCAGGCAUCCCAGCUGGGCGAAGCGGCGUUCUCGGGUGCUGGCAACAUUGCGGCGGCCACUGGGCUGGUGAAGAAGGAGGAGUUCCCUGCGGAUCUGAAGGCGGAGGAGGUGGCCCAGGAGGCUGUUGAGGAGCCGCUGGUCGAGCCGAUGCUGGAGCCAGAAGGGGAGAACUAUGAGGAGACCCCACAGGAGGAAUACCAGGAGUACGAACCAGAGGCAUAA